CCCGCCCCUAAUGUUUAGUUGCUGAGCCACUUUUGAGUACUAACCAUAUCGGGUACUGGCGGUUCGCUGUACAAUAUAUUGACAUAUAUUUAAUGUAAGAUGGCGGCUAUUCGUUUAUUAGAGAUAUUAUUUGUCUUGUAUUUUGUAUCUCACAUUCCUAUCACGUUGUUUAUCGACUUGCAAGCUGUUCUACCUGGAUAUCUCUAUUCCCAAACUCUGAAAGACGUCCUCAAUGUCUACGCAGAGAAGUUUAACGAUCCAAUGGUGUUGGAUCCCCCCGCGUGGUUCAAGUCAUUUGUCGUCUGUGAGGCUUUGCUCCAAACUCCUUUCUUUCCCAUUGCAGCCUACGCUUUCUUCAAAGGAGGCUGCCAAUGGAUCAGAACUCCGGCCAUCGUUUAUUCCACACAUGUCACCACCACGCUGAUCCCAAUCCUGUCCCACAUCCUAUUUCAUCAGUUCCCCGUUGACAGCCCCCGGGGCCCUCAGACGCCACAUGAGCGUUGGACGCUGGCCUCCAUAUACGCCCCGUACUUGUUCGUCCCCGUCCUGCUCCUCUGCACCAUGCUGCUGUCGUCCACGUACAAUCCCACCACCAAGUCUGCAAAAACGUCUGCGGUCAAAGCCAAGAAGAAAAACUGAAGGGUUUUGUCUUAUUUCAAGACACCCGUGCUGUACUUCCGUAUUCCGGAGGUCAGUGAAGGCACCUUGGGCACGACUUGGUGUGACGGUGACGUGUGAUCGGUGGAAGAAAAAAACAACCGAAGACAUCAGUGCCCAUCAGAUAAACCUGCUAUUGUAUUGUGUGUAAUAACACACAGACAUCCUCCUAUUGAAUUUGAGUGUUUCACUUUGUCCCAGCUAGCUACACUGGUUUACAGGUCGGGCUUAUCCUCUGAUCUCCCUCUUGGUAUCGCUUCCCAGGGGUAGCUUGAGCUCACCGUUUGGAUCUGGAUUACGUGAGACUGAAUGGUCAUACACUGUAGGUCAUUCAACCGGGACAUUUAUUGAUCCUUUCAUUUCAUUUGAUCCAAUUUUGCCAUUCAGCUCGUUCGAGAACCGCAAGUUGUGUGAAAAGACGGUCACAGUCGGACAUUCAAGAGUUUAGAAAAGGUCAGAUUGAGUUCACCUGUGAAAGGUCAUAGUGCAUUUUUAAGUUCAUCCUGAAAUUUCACCUGAAAUGUGAAUAUCCAUAAUUUUUUGUGAGUAGAGUAGCCCACCGUUUGACGCCCCUGCACAACCUGAAGCUCCAUUGUUCCAUUGAAGGAUCAUGAUGGCUCCCCCUCCCACUGUGCCGUGUGGAAAGCAUCUCAGGUGGGAUCUCCUUGUGAUGCCAGUAACGUUGAAAGCCAUCAAGGUUGCAUUUUUUCCUCAUCAGAGAAUAAAACUUUCUUCCACCUUUCAAUGUCCCAUGCUUGGUGCUCCAAAUGGGCAAUUUUGUGGUGUUGAAACUUUUUUUGUUGUUUGUUUGUUCUUAAAACCCUUCUCUCCCAGACGCCGUCUGAUGGUUAUUGGACUGCACUCGGCACCGGUAACGACCUUCAUUUGGCUCGAGGAUGGUCCUGUUUUUUCAAUCAGAAGUAUUUCUAAUAAUAUAAAAUAUGAAAAAUUACAACUUUAAUUUGUUGCUAUUAUAAACUCUUGAUCAAAAUCUUAAGAGCAGUUGAAAAAUUGCGAGAAUUAGCAUUUUGCACAUUUGAAUCCUAAUGAGGUUUUAAGAAGAGCUACAAUAUCCAAAAACAAGAAGGGGUAUUGAGACAAAAAGCAUUUUGAAAAAGUAAUUCAUUGAAAACAACAAUUCAACUGAAAUAGGCUGUUUAUCAGCUGAUCAAAAGUUUAAGACCUCAGGCUAUAAAAGCCAAAAUCUGCUCAAAAUGUUCAUUUUCUGUCAGGCAUUCACACUGUCAUGCCCUCCUGAUGGCUAAAGCUAAGAAGCUUUCUCUUUUUCAACGUGGUCGGAUUGUGGAGAUGCAUAAGCAAGGCCUCUCGCAGCGUGCCAUUGCUGCUGAGGUUGGGUGCAGUAAAUCAGUCAUUUUACAUUUUUUGAAAGAUCCUGAGCAUUAUGGGACAAAAAAGUCAAGUGGUAGACCCAAAAAAAUCACACCUGUGCUGAGCCGGAAGAUCCGAUUGGCUGUCCAUCAAGACACAGGACAGUCUUCCACCCACAUUAAGGCCCUUACUGGUGCAGACUGCAGCGCAAUAACCAUCAGACGGCAUCUGCAGGAAAAGGGUUUAAAAAACAAAUUCAAAGACCUCGUCUCCUUCAACGCCACAAAACUGCACGUUUAGACUUUGCCAGGGAGCAUCAAACAUGGGACAUUGAAAGGUGGAAAAAAGUUUUAUUCUCUGAUGAGAAAAAAUGUAACCUUGAUGGUCCAGAUGGCUUCCAACGUUACUGGCAUGAGGAGGAGAUCCCACCAGAGACGUUUUCUACCCGGCAUAGUGGAGGGGGGUCCGUCAUGAUCCGGGGUGCUUUUUCAUUCAGUGGAACGCUGGAGCUUCAGAUGGUGCAGGGUUGUCAAACGGAUGCAGAUGUUGCAUGACUGAGGACCCUCGUCUGUGUGGUAACAGCUGGCUUUUUCAACAGGACAAAGCUGCAGUUCACAAUGCUCGCUUGACCAAGGACUUCUUCAGGGAGAAUAACAUCACUCUUUUGGACCAUCCUGCAUGUUCCCCUCAUUUAAAUCCCAUAGAGAACAUUUGGGGAUGGAUGGCAAGGGAAGUUUAUAAAAAUGGCCAUCAGUUCCAGACAGUUGAUGCCCUUGGUGAAGCCAUCUUCACCACUUGGAGCAACGUUCCCACCAGCCUCCUGGAAACACUCGCAUCAAGCAUGCCCAAAGCAAUUUUUGAAGUGAUUAACAAGAACGGUGGAGCUACUCAUUACUGAGUCCUACUGAGAACAUUUUUGGUUCUGGUUUGGAGAGUUUUUUGUUAUUUUUUGAGCGAUGGCCUUAAACUUUUGAUCAGCUGAUAAACAGCCUAUUUCAGUUUCAUUGUUCUUUUCAAUGAAUUAUUUUUCAAAAUGCUUUUUGUCUCACUCCCCCUUCUUGCUUUUGCAUAUUGUAGCUCUACUUAAAGUCUCAUUAAGAUCCAAAUGUGCAAAAUACAAAUUCUAGCA